CAUCAAUUCACUCUUGUCCCACAAAUCGAAACAAACAAGGAUUUGGACCCUUCAUUCUUCAAUGCUUCAAUUCUCAGCUCAAUCCCUCCUCCCAUGACCUCUUUCUCGUCUCCCUUGAUGCUCUUGGUAUCCAGCCAAUCUGCCCUGUUCCGUUUCUUUUUCUUGCCCUCUCAGACCAUCAGCAGGCGGGAUGCACGCCAAGCAAGGCUCAUCCCCCGCGCAUGCUCUUUCCUGCGCUUCGUAGCCCGUGGCCCGUAUUUCGUGUUUCUUUCUUCCCUGCCGACGCUAAGUUCAGCUGGCGGCUGGGGCCCCUUGCUGGCCUCUGUUUCGACUCUAGCUUCCCGUCCAGAUGCCCCUCGCGGAUCAGAUUACCCGUCUCCGACUAUAGGAGAUACCACCUGCCCAUGUACCUACCAAGUGGCACACACGUAGGUGCGAGGCUGGGUCCUCCCCUCACUCCGUUUGACCGCGAGUGAGUCUUUCACUCAUCCCACGAAGUGGACUCCCAUUCCACGUUACAUGCAUGCACGUUGCGGCUCCACGCCAAUGGUGGAUGCGUCCCGUCUCUUCUCUCGUUUGGGCUGUCCAUUCCAUAUUUCCUGCUAUUUACCUACCUAUCCUCUACAUUCUCUGUCUUGAACAAGAGGUAUUCUGUCACCUCGACCACCCCUCCAUGCACCCCCUUUUUUUACACUCCGCCGUUGACUCCCUUCACACCACCACCAUCUGCAUACCUUGGUACACACUUACACCCUGGUUCCCGUGCCCCGAUCCUACGGUCCGCCCCAGGUACGCCGCUAUACCCUGGGGGCCCCGCUGCCGUUGACAAUUAUGUACUUCCUCUUUUAUGAAGCCGGCCAUGGCUUGGCUGUCUACCUAGCUGGGCCCACAAAGCCACGAACCAUAUCACUGCCAUAGUGGGGGCGCCGCAGACCAGGCUUCUUCGUCAUCUGCCCCUUGACAAAUGCAGCGUCACCUCCUCCCGGAUGCUCUCCCCUUAUGGUCCACUCUCCCGCCCAAGCCAAGCCUGUCCGCGAUAAUCUUUCCGCGUCAUCACCCUCAGGCACCCUGUUUGAGAAGCAUCCCUCGCGACCCAUCUAUACACCCCUCCCGCUGCUGGUGGAGCAUACUGUGACUCGACCGCGUCCUCCUCCCGGGCUAAGCCCUAUGAAGUCUUGUAACCCCGUCAGCCUCGUGAUUUGUGAUACCUCUGGAGGCAGGUAGCUACCGACGUCGUCUGGCGCGCUUCACCUCUCUGGAACCGGUACAAUCUUGCCGGGAUCAGGACUCUUGCUUAUUUAAGGAUCUACGGGCUCCCGCUUCCGGGGCCUAUAUCAACGACGACAUCAUCAACCCAACGCACUCCCGUUUGACACUGCAUUCGACCAUCCUACCCCGAAACCCCUACUCGGUAGCCUAUAUACAUCCUCUGAUAAGCGAUCUCGAGCCGGACGUGGAACUUAUAAUAUCUGGCGACUGAGUCCUUCUCUUUGGCACAUGUGAGCCGGCCUUUGUUCUACUUGUGCUCUAUUCUACAUGUCAUCCCAACAUUCUCAAGGCCGAGAGAACUUUGAGGAGACGACAUAUCAAGCCCAGUCUGCUCACCAGCAAGGCGCCACAGAAAAGUCCAGGGGGAAACGGAAAAGCAAGAGCAAGAGCAAGAGCAAGACCGACCAGUCGGGAUCCGAUACAGAGACCGAAGGUCCUAAAAUGUCUUCCCGCUCAUCAAAAGCGUCGUCCGAGUCCGAGUCGACCAAGAAGCACAGAGCCCCUCAGAACGAGGACUGGUCCGAGGUGACCGACCCCGAGGAGAGGAGGCGCAUCCAGAACCGGAUCGCCCAACGCAAGUUCCGUGGCAAGGCCAAGGAGCAGAGGGAAAAGAGCGAGAGGGACCAGCGUAAUGUGGAGCACGCGGGCGAUAGCUACCGCGUCCCCGAGGCUGGCGAGAUGACGGCCGAGGAGCAGGCCGCGCUCUCGGGCCUGCCCUGGGGCGGCCUCAACGUACAGUACGCCAUGGGCCGCGGCCCGGAGAGCGGCUACGGCGGCGGGCGCGCCGCCAGCCACCGCGCCUCGGACCCCGUCUACACCUCAGACAACAACACGCAGUACCUCAGCCCCUACACGGCCAGCUACCAGUACACGGGCAGCGCCGCCUGGGACGACCGGACUGGGAGCAGCAGCCCCGGCGGCGACCAGCUCUACUACGAUAACGGGGCGACGUCGUACUACUACGACUACGACACGAGUCCCAGGCAAUGAACGAGAGCGCGCCAUCGAUCCUCUCUUCUUGCUUGUUUGCUUUCAACUAAUUUUUCUGUUUGGGUAUCUCAUUUAUCAGACCCGAUCGAGGUCUGACGGUAGCGACUGGAAUUUGGCAUAUGUGGAUCAGGGCCAGGCUAUAGGGCAUAUUAGCCCAGAAGAUCACUCAGAUCCUGAUGGCGUGUUUUUGCUUUGGUCGUUUUUCUUCUUGUUUUUAUUGGACUGAGAGGGACUGUAUCUGCGCUUCACGCUGCUUUGUUUCCUGUUUUUUUUUCCUCUUCAUUAUUACCCUACCCCGCUCUGCUGUUUGUACAACACUCUUAUCCCGCCUUCUUUUUCCACUUGUCUUUUUCCACUCACUGUUGUUUUACUACAAAGUCUGUCCUAGACCAUUUCCUUCAAUACUGGGACAAUCGGUUAGAGCGACAUCUCCCCAAAGAUAGACACCCCUGGAGCCGGCGGCCAGAGACGGCCAGGUCGAGCGCCUGGGGGACGGCAAACAGGCAGGGGAACCAACCAGCCAUGCAGGCGCUGGGAACCUACCUGCCCAAUAGCUAAUCUCAACACACCAUACCUACCUAUUUUCUCACCCGGAACGCAUGCGUGCACUUCCAUGGACAGGCGACUCG